AAUCCUGAGUGUGCAACUCAACAAAAAUAUACGUCGAUGUUGUGCCUUUAUCGGAUAAGUUCGCUGCUGAUGUGACAAAAACUAAUUCUAAAUGCCAUAUUUCAAUUGACAGUCGCGUUUUAAACGAUUCAUUCGGUAAAUGGUGUGCAUGAACUACAAGUGCAAAACGGGAAGUCACGUGAUAAGUGUGACUGAAGAGUGAGCGGCUGUCCGCUGACUGUGUAUGGAUCAAAGUACAAAUUGUGUCAUUUCUAGUCGGAUUAUUUUGGCAUGGUUGCAGUGAGUGAUAUAUUGCACCUCACAAAAUUACUUAUUUUCAACUGUAUAUGAAUAUUGCGCAAAAUCCUGUGCUUUGCACCGAUAGCAGAUGAGAUUGCUGUGUGGCUCACUGCUCAGAUUGAGAAGAUUCAAUGCAAAUUUCUCUAAAGGCAUCAUCAUCAGAAGCACAAGCUCAGACACCAUGAGACUCGUCCAGUUCUGCCAUGUAGGAGAUGUGGGACGUGUAAGAGUCGGGGUGGAGCAAACAGAAGGCCAGGGGGUCAUUGAUCUGAAAGCUUUUGACCCCUCAAUACCGUCAACUAUGAGAGAGUUUCUAGAGAUGGGGAAAAGGGGAAUGGACUGCGCUAAGAGGGCUUUGGCCAGCGGUCAGUGUGUCGUAUCACGACCAGAUAUCAAACUGCUCUCCCCGGUCACUGGCCCGGAGAAGGUCGUGUGUGUCGGUAUGAAUUACAGAGACCACUGCCUAGAGCAAAAUGCCCCCAUUCCUACUGAGCCCAUUAUUUUCAGCAAGUUCCCCUCCACUAUCACCGGCCCUUAUGAUGAUAUAAUCCUACCAGAAGAGAGUACGGAAGUGGACUGGGAGGUGGAGCUGGCCUUUGUGAUCGGACAAAAAGGAAAGCACAUUAAGGAAGAAGACGCCCUGUCCUAUGUUGCAGGUUUUACUGUAGCUAAUGAUGUCAGCGCUCGUGAUUGGCAGAUGAAGCGCAAUGGAAAGCAGUGGCUGCUGGGAAAAACAUUUGACACAUUCUGUCCACUCGGGCCAGUGCUUGUCACCACUGAAGCACUAAAAGAUGUUCAUAACCUGGGUAUACGCUGCCUGGUGAACGGUGCCGUGGUUCAGGACAGUAACACCAAUCAAAUGAUCUUUCAUACACAGAAGCUGGUGGCUUGGGUCUCACAGUUUGUAACUCUUUGUCCCGGUGAUGUGUUUUUGACUGGAACUCCUCCGGGUGUGGGGGUCUUCAGAAAUCCCCCUGUGUUUCUAAAGAGAGGAGAUGUUGUGGAGUGUCAGGUUGACAUGAUCGGCUCUAUAAGGAACACAGUGGUAUAACUGAAAGAUGUCAAGAGUUUUGUUACAUCGACUCAAGUGCCUUAAAGUGACACUCCAGCUCCCCUAGAGAUAAACAUUAGAUUUUUACCAUUUUGGAAUCCAUUCAGUUGAUCUCUGGGUCUGGCGGUACCACUUUUAGCAUAGCUUAUCAUAAUCCAUUGAAUCUGAU